AUGUUAAAGACACCCAAGUUUGUGGUAAUAGUCUUAAUCUAUGUGGAUGAUAUCAUAGUAACUGGUAAUAACAGAGAGGAGAUACACAAAUUCAUAUGUAUGCUGAACAAAGAGUUCACCUUGAAGGAUCUAGGGUCACUGCACUACUUCCUUGGUAUUAAGGUGUUUACACACUCCACAGGAAUGUACCUCACACAAGGAAAAUAUAUUGAAGAGUUGCUACAAAGGGUGCAUAUGCCAAAUUUGAAGCCUAGCCCGACGCCUAUGACUGCAGGGAAGUCUUUAUCAAUAAAUGAUUGGAAGCCUCUAAACAAUCUUGCUGCCUACAGAAGUGUAAUCGGAGCACUACAGUAUUUGAGUCACACAAGGCCAGACAUAGCAUUCUCAGUGAAUAAACUGAGUCAAUUCCUCAAAAGUCCCAUAGAUACUCACUGGAGUGCAGCCAAGAGAAUACUGAGAUAUCUUAAAGGAACUCAGCACCAUGGUCUACACAUUAUUCCAAGCAACAAUCUAAACUUAAUUGGAUUUUCUGAUGCAGAUUGGGCAUGCUACCCAGAUGAUAGAAGGUCCGUAGGAGGGUACUGCGUGUUUAUGGGAGACACAUUAAUCUCUUGGUCUUCUAAAAAGCAAACUGUUGUUGCUAGGUCCAGUACAGAAUCAGAGUACAGAUCCUUAGCUCACUUGACAGCAGAGUUGUCUUGGAUUCAAGGCUUACUAAAGGAAAUGAGAUUGAAGAUAAGUUCAACACCAGUCAUUUGGUGUGACAAUAUGAGUGCUAGUGCACUGGCUUCAAAUCCAGUGUAUCAUGCUCGAACAAAGCACAUUGAGCUUGAUAUUCACUUUGUAAGAGACAAGGUUAUUCAAGGAAAGCUUGAAAUCAGGCAUGUUCCAUCCCACGAUCAGCUGGCAGAUUGUUUAAGAAAGGGUCUAUCUCAUACACGAUUCAGGUUCCUCAUUGACAAGCUCGGGAUUCGUUGUUCACCCUCUCGCUUGAGGGGUGGUGUUAAAGAAAUAGAGGAUAACAGAGACACAGCAGAGAAUGAUUAG